AUGAAUUCCGUCCCAGGGACACUGAUGCCCUUUCUGUACCCCUGCCUCUUCCAGUCCACCUCAAAAGCGCUUCCCGCUCGUUGUCUACGUCUACGUCUACCAAAGCGCACACACCGAGACUUGCACCGGACUGCACGAGUCCACAUCCCUUCAUUCGCUGAACAGAAUGUCUCUCCCCGGGCUAGCGCCCUCGAACCACCACCGCCACCCUCCUUAACCUCGACAGCAACCUCCACCUCCACACACCUCAACCCAGCCCCCGAUGACUACUCGCGCAGCAUCUUUAUUGACAAAUGCGUCAUCACCAUCUCCUCCGGCAGCGGCGGCUCCGGUUGCGUUUCUUUCCUGCGCGACGCCCACAUUUCUGACGGUCCACCCAACGGCGGUGAUGGAGGCAGCGGCGGAAGCAUCUACAUCCAAGCCGUGCCGGGGCAAACCUCUCUGCACAAGUUAGCCCGCAGGGGGAUCAUAAAAGCAGGACGGGGCAUCGGCGGACAAGGCAAAUCGCAAGGCGGGCGGCGAGGAGAGGACAUCUGCGUCCAAGUCCCCGUGGGCACCGUCGUGCGGGAGAUCUGGCGGAGCGAUCCCUCGGUGGAGGAGGAACACCGCCUGAGAGAACUGCGCGCCACAAUGACCGACGAUGAGAUCCUGGCCCUCCCGCCUGAGCAGAGCGGCCUGCGGAACAAAUUCGUCAUCUACGCCGGCGCGACAACCACCGCCGACAGGACCCAAGUCGCGAGCACCCUCCCGUCUCUGACGUCCUCGAUCAUGAAACCCCGCCGCUCCCACCUCUCCGUCCUGCAGCCCCCCGCGCCCAUAACGCUAGACCUGGACAAACAGAUGGAAAGUCCCAUGCUCCUGGUCGCGGGCGCAAUAGGCGGCCUGGGGAACCCGCACUUCGCGACCAAAGAGGACCCGAAGCCGAAAUACGCGACCAAGGGUGCCCUGGGCGUGCGCAUUAAGCUGGAACUCGAGCUGAAACUGCUCGCCGACGUCGGGCUGGUGGGCCUCCCCAACGCCGGCAAAAGCACCCUCACCCGCGCGAUAUCCAACUCCCGCACUCGCAUUGGGGACUGGGCAUUCACAACCCUCUCGCCCACCAUCGGGACCGUGACUCUGGACAACAACGUCGGCCGGCCUCUGGUGCGGAGUGGCGUGCCCUCUGACCACACGUCAGACUCGGCGUCUAUCAUCCCCCGCCAGCAAUUCACCAUCGCGGACAUUCCCGGCCUCAUUGAGGACGCACACCUGGAUAAAGGCCUCGGCCUCUCCUUCCUGCGGCACAUUGAACGCGCGCGCAUCCUAGCCUUUGUCGUCGACCUAUCUGCCGGUGACGCCGUCGCGCAACUCAAAGCCCUGUGGAAGGAAGUCAGCGAGUACGAGAACCUCCGCGACCGCGAGAUUGCCGCGCAGUCGGAACAACACGGUGGGACGGUCUCCUGGUCGCCAUUCGAAGCACGGCCGCCUGCGUCGACGGCGAAUGGAAAUGGUCUCCUCAACGACGAAGGCGCUCCCAUCUCCGUCUUCCCUUCUUCCCGCGGCGACAAACCGGGCCUCGAACCACUGAGUUACCCGCCCAUUAGCGCGAAACCGUGGUUCGUGAUCGCGACGAAAGCAGACAUACCCUCUAUCCGCGGCGACAGCGCUCCUGAGAAUACCAGCAACAGCCAAAGUACCACGCAAUCCAACUUCAUCUCUCUACAGGCAUACAUGAAAUCCGUCGAACACGGCACGGUCGCCCAUCCAGGCGGGAAACCCAAUGGCUGGAAAUCCCGCAUCGCCGCUAUCCCCGUGAGUGCGAUUCGAGGCGAGGGCAUUGAUCGAGUCAUUCGCUAUACGGCGGGCGUCUUGGAUAGUCUUGUCGUGGGAUAG